UAAGAUAUCGAAACUUCUAGUGGUAAUAUAUAGUGUUUUACUGUAAUAAUAUAUAGUGGUUUACUGGUAUUUUAUGUUUUUUCUUAUUUCUUCAACAUGCCAUCACGUGGUGAAGAUAUUUUUAAAGGUUUUCAAAUUAAUUGGAUAAAUUUGAGAGAUGCUGAUACUGGGAAAAUUUUGUGGCAAGGAAAUGAAGACUUGUCUGUACCAGAUAUUGAGCAUGAAGCAAAAGUUCCAAAACAAAUAUUGCGUUGUCGUGCAGUUUCUCGAGAAAUCAAUUUUAGUACAGCAGAACCUAUGGAAAGAUUCAGGUUGGAACAAAAAGUUCUUUUUAAAGGACGCUGUUUAGAAGAAUGGUUCUUUGAACUUGGUUUUGUUAUUCCAAAUAGUACUAAUACAUGGCAAAGUCUAUUCCAAGCUGCACCUGAAAGUCAAAUGAUGCCAGCAAAUGUUUUAAAUGGAAAUAUGGUGAUAGAGACCAAAUUCUAUGACGAUGAUCUUCUUUUAACGAUGAGUCGUGUGCGUUUGUUUUAUGUUUAAUAUACAUUUUUGUGUGCAUUUGUUUUAUAUUUAUUUUAUAUUUCUAUUA